UGAGGCGCGCUCUUUCUCCGACAGCUGCUCUAGGAGCCCUGCGCGCCGUGCUGUUCCGUGCCUUGCCCGUCUGUCCCCCUCCGAUUGUGCCUAGAGAUGACCACCCAGCAGAUUGUCCCAGGGCCGGGACCCUGGGGUUUCCGCCUUGUGGGAGGCAAGGACUUCGAGCAACCUCUCGCCAUUUCCCGGGUCACUCCCGGAAGCAAGGCUGCUAUAGCUAAUUUAUGUAUUGGAGAUAUAAUCACAGCCAUCGAUGGAGAAGACACCAGCAGCAUGACACACUUGGAAGCUCAGAACAAAAUCAAGGGCUGCACAGACAACAUGACACUCACAGUAUCCAGGUCCGAACAGAAAAUUUGGUCUCCUCUAGUGAGCGAGGAGGGAAAACGUCAUCCAUACAAGAUGAAUUUAGCUUCGGAACCCCAAGAGGUCUUGCACAUAGGAAGUGCUCACAACCGAAGCGCGAUGCCAUUCACUGCCUCCCCUGCUCCCAGCACUGCCCCCCGGAUCAUCACAAACCAGUACAACAACCCCACCGGCCUCUACUCUCCUGAAAACAUCUCUAGCUUCAACAGUGCUGUGGAGUCCAAGACCACGGGCAGUGGGGAGGAGGCGAACAGCAGACCCUUGGAUCAGCCUCAUCCUUCAGGCAGCCUCAUCAUCGACAAGGAAUCUGAAGUUUACAAGAUGCUUCAGGAGAAGCAGGAGUUAAACGAGCCCCCCAAACAGUCCACCUCCUUCCUGCUUCUGCAGGAGAUCCUGGAGUCAGACGGGAAAGGGGAUCCCAACAAGCCCUCAGGAUUCAGAAGUGUUAAAGCUCCAGUCACCAAAGUGGCUGCGUCAGUUGGAAAUGCUCAGAAGCUGCCCAUAUGUGACAAAUGUGGAACUGGCAUUGUAGGAGUGUUUGUGAAGCUGAGGGACCAUCACCGCCACCCUGAAUGUUACGUGUGCACUGACUGUGGCACCAACUUGAAGCAGAAGGGCCAUUUCUUCGUGGAGGAUCAGAUUUACUGUGAAAAGCAUGCCCGGGAGCGGGUCACACCACCUGAGGGCUACGAUGUGGUCACCGUGUUCCCCAAGUGAUCACCAGGACCUGCCCCGUCCGCUGCCCUCCAGCCAGCCUGCUGUCCCUGGUCCUCCCUGACAGUCCUGUGCUCUUCUAGUGUUAGUCCUGCUCAGUGAACAUGGAGCUCACCUGUGCUGACUCCCACGAGCCGUGUGAUGCCUGCCUUUUCAUUCCUGGGAAUGGUUUUGUCCCUGUCCCCUCACCAACACCACCAUGCACCUUCCUCACUUGGGGUCUUCUGUGCUGCAAAAGGACAUUGGCCACAAUGGAACGAAGCCAAAUGUAGUGUCUCUCACACUGAUUUUGUUUUACUUAAUAAAUUUAGACUCUUAAGGCA